GAUAUAAAAUCUGAUGAUUCGGACAAUGAAAGCGCACCACUAAAAUCUGUUUUUCGUGCAUAUGAAGAUGCAGAUGAAUGGAGUCCUGUAUUGAAUUUAUUAUCCAAUGAAGAGUUAGAAAAGAUUAGAUUGGAUCAAGAAAGGGAUAUAAGACGGAUGCGAAGAGCAACCACGCGUAAUAUUGCAAGAUCAAAACCAUCACGUUCAACGGUAACCAAUGGAAUUGACCAUUCAUCGAUUUAUAUAAAUCAGCGGACUCGAAACGACACAAAAUUAACGUUAGAUGAAUUGGAAGUUUGGAGGUGCAUGCACUGUGGCAUUGAUGGCCACACUACACCUUUAGUAAGGAAAGGCCCAGAUGGUGGCAAAUCACUUUGUAAUGCGUGCGGUUUAGUGUGGUUAAACAAAGGCGAAUUGCCACCACACCGCAAGUCGAUGUUCAAAAAGGAUGAAAUAUGA